AUGUUUCUCCCAAAAUUCAAUCCUAUAAGGUCAUUUUCGCCCAUUCUCAGGACUAAGACUCUUCUUCGUCUCCAAACUCGGAUGUUUUUGAGCACAGAGAUAAGAAAAGCUAUUGAAGAUGCCAUCGAAUCGGCUCCCGUGGUUCUUUUUAUGAAGGGUACUCCUGAAUUUCCCAAAUGUGGAUUUUCCAGGGCAACUAUUGGAUUAUUAGGAAACCAAGGCGUCGACCCGGCCAAAUUUGCGGCUUAUAAUGUUUUAGAAGACCCAGAACUACGUGAAGGUAUCAAAGAAUUUUCAGAAUGGCCUACUAUUCCACAGUUAUAUGUAAAUAAGGAAUUCAUAGGUGGCUGUGACGUAAUUACAAGUAUGGCACGCUCUGGCGAAUUGGCCGAUUUGCUUGAAGAGGCGCAGGCGUUGAUACCUGAAGAAGAAGUCAAAGACAAUUGA